AAUUAAUGAAGAAUUUUAGCAAAAAUAACCACCUCCUCCAAACCACCAGAAAACAUUAUCAUGCCAUUUUUACUAUCUACUGUAGAAACCUAUUUUCUCAAGGAAGAGUUCAUUUUUCUAGUUCUCAUUUCCUUAAUAUAGCCAUAAAAAUCUCCUAGAUUUUUGUCUCCCUUGAGUACUUAAAUCAUCGUUUUAUCUUCGUCUUUGUUUAUAUUAUUUUCUUUCACACAUCUCAAUCAUCUUGACCUCUCAAGUGGUCUUGAUUAGUUCAUUUCUCUUGGGGCAGAGCCAGUUCUUCGAUUACGGUUCUGUCGAACCCAAUAGCUUUGGUUCAAACCUUAUAUUUGUUAUAAGAAAUUUAUUAAAUAUGUAUAAAUUAUUAAUUUAGAACUCAAUAACUUAAAAAGAACUAGAAUCUCGAACCCAUAAACCUUUAAACUCUGGCUCUGCCUCUAUUUCUCUAUCAACUCUAUGCCCCAUCUCACUUACCAACAUGAGAUAAUUCCAUUUUCCCCAAUAUUCAAAACCAAGUUGGGUGUAUACUUAGAGAUAUCUUCUCAUUUUUUUUGUUACUUCAAUUUUUCAGAAGAGGAGAUAUGGUAGAGGUGCCAAUGAGAAAUGGCCAUGAGAUUUUUCAAUUUGCCAAUCAUGUGGUUAAAGGUAGGUGGUUUUCUCUAUUUGCAUCUUUUCUUAUCAUGGCUGGAGCAGGAGCUACUUAUUUAUUUGGAACUUAUUCAAAAGAAAUAAAAGCUUCACUUGGAUAUGAUCAAACUACACUUAAUUUAUUAGGAUUUUUCAAAGAUGUAGGAGCUAAUGUUGGAGUAUUUUCUGGUUUAAUUGCUGAAGUAACUCCAACAUGGUUUGUUUUAUUAGUUGGUGCAGCGAUGAAUUUCACAGGCUAUUUCAUGAUAUGGCUUUCUGUUGUUGGAAAUAUACCAAAACCAAAAGUUUGGCAUAUGUGUAUAUACAUAUGUCUUGGAGCCAAUUCGCAAAAUUUUGCGAAUACUGGAGCUCUUGUUACAUCAGUUAGGAAUUUCCCCGAGAGCAGAGGAAAUAUGAUUGGUUUAUUGAAAGGAUUUACAGGAUUAAGUGGUGCUAUUAUGACUCAAUUAUACUUAGCUGUAUAUGGAAAUGAUUCGAAAUCGCUUAUUUUACUCAUUGCUUGGCUUCCAGCUGCUGUAUCAGUAAUAUUUGUGUAUACUAUUCGUGAAAUGAGAGUCGUUAAGCAGCCGAAUCAGCUGAGAGUUUUCUACUAUUGUUUGACUAUAGCAAUUGUAUUAGCAUUGUUUCUUAUGGUCAUGACAUUGGUUGAGAAAGCAGUUGCAUUUUCACAUGCUGCUUAUGUUGUAACUGCUACUGUGGCUUGUGCUUUGUUAUUUCUUCCUCUUUUGGUUUUCGUUAGGGAAGAGUUAGAUGUCUUUCGUCGAAAGAACUUGCCCAUUGAUCCGACUGAGGAUCCACCAAUAGUACUAGAGAAAGAAGAUAAUUCUAUAACCUUAGAAAUCAAGAAAGAUGAUACUAAUUCUAAGUGCUUUUGGUUCACUGAUAUUUUCUUCAAUAAACCAGAAAGAGGUGAUGAUUAUAGCAUAUUACAAGCACUUUUAAGUACUGAUAUGUUGAUUCUGUUUCUCGCUACGUUCUGUGGACUUGGAACGAGCCUGACUGCUGUCGAUAACUUGGGUCAAAUUGGUGAAUCUUUAGGAUAUCCAACAACAACCAUUAAAUCCUUUGUGUCACUUCUUAGUAUAUGGAAUUUUUUUGGAAGAAUUUUCUCAGGAUUUGUUUCUGAGACUCUUCUUGUUAAGUACAAAUUCCCUAGACCACUUAUGAUGACAUUAGUCCUUCUGUUAUCCUGCAUUGGCAUGCUCCUCAUCGCGUUCCCCUUCCCCGGAUCAGUCUACGUUGCAUCUGUGAUCAUCGGCUUCUCAUUUGGUGCACAGUUGCCUUUACUCUUCUCAAUUAUUUCUGAGCUUUUUGGAUUGAAGUAUUACUCCACAUUGUUCAAUUGUGGACAAUUGGCUAGUCCUCUUGGCUCAUAUAUACUUAAUGUGAAAGUCACUGGACCACUUUAUGAUAGACAGGCGUUAAAGGAGCUCGCGAAAAAGGGAUUGACUAGAUCAUCUGUUAAAGAGUUGACUUGUAUUGGUAACCAAUGUUAUCGACAAGCUUUUAUAAUCUUGGCUAGUGUCGCGUUUUUUGGCGCUCUAGCCUCGUUGAUUUUGGUUGCAAGAACUAGGAAUUUUUACAAAGGUGAUAUAUACAAGAAGUUCAGAGGGCAAGCAGAGGCAACUGAGGCAGAAAUGGCUUCAACAAACACCAAUAGGAUACACUAAGAACAUUACAGAAUUUAAGUUGUAUUUAUUUUGAAGAAACAAACUUUAGAAUUGUGGCCUUUUUUUUUUCUAGAUCAUUUAUGUAUCCAUUAUGUAUCAAUUAAUCUUAUGAAAGGAAAAUGGUCUUUUGUCUAGCUA